GAGAGAGAGAAUGGAGAAGGAGAAGAAGAUCAAUGCUUCAGUUGAAGCGACGAGCAACAAGCAGGUGAUAUACAGAGAGCCGGUACGAGGUUCCCUGAAGGAGACCCACCUGGGAGUGAGGACGAGCUCGGAGAGAUUGAAGGCCGACGAGGAUUCCGGGGCCAUCGCCGUGAAGAACUUGUACCUGGCUUGCGAUCCCUACAACCUCAACCUCAUCAAGUUCUCCGCUCAGCUCGGUUCUCCCAUUCCUGGAUAUGGAGUAGCUAGAGUCCUGGAAUCUGGGCAUCCCAACUUCAAGAAAGGCGACUUGGUUUGGGGCAUGACCGGAUGGGAGGAGUAUAGUUUAAUUACUGCGCCGGAGAGUUGCUUCAAGAUCGAACACACCGAUGUUCCUCUGUCUUACUACACCGGCCUCCUGGGUAUGCCGGGCGUGACAGCUUAUGCCGGGUUUUUUGAGGUAUCGUCUCCUAAGAAAGGAGAGACUGUUUUCAUAUCGGCCGCGGCGGGAGCCGUCGGUCAGCUUGUUGGUCAGUUUGCAAAGUUGUUGGGAUGUUAUGUCGUUGGCAGCGCCGGUAGCAAAGAGAAGGUUGAUUUGCUGAAGAACAAGUUCGGAUUCGAUGAUGCUUUCAACUACAAGGAGGAACAGGAUCUGGAUGCAGUGCUGAAAAGAUGCUUCCCCGAGGGGAUCGAUGUCUACUUUGACAAUGUCGGCGGAAAGAUGCUCGAUGCGGUGCUGCCCAACAUGAAACUUCGUGGUCGAAUCACGGUAUGUGGAAUGAUCUCACAGUACAGCCUCGAGCAGCCUGAAGGCGUGCACAACUUGAUGAACCUUCUCCUGAAGCGCGUUCGGAUGGAAGGUUUCGUGGUGUCUGAUCACUAUCAUCUCUAUCCAAAGUUCCUGGAGAUGGUAUUGCCUCUGAUUAGAGAGGGGAAGAUUGUGUACAUGGAAGACAUCGCCGAAGGGCUCAAGAACGGUCCGGCAGCACUUGUCGGGGUGUUCUCCGGUCGCAAUGUCGGGAAACAGGUGGUCGUGGUUUCUCGCGAAUGAGUCGGCUUUCUGUACUUUUUGGUCGGCAUAAUCUUUUUUCUUCUCGUGUUUUCGAA